CGGCGGCGGCGGCUGAGGCGGCGCGGGGGGAGGGCCGGGAGGGGGGUGGUUGGGGGGGAUGGACCGGGCGCGGCGGCCGCAGCGGCAGGAGCCGGCGCCCGAGCUCGAGCGGCGGCGCUGGCCGAGACGCCGGCGGCUCCUCCCCUCCGCGCCGGUAGCGCUCUCUCGAGAAGACAUGCUCACAGUCGGCACUGUCUUCGGAUGCUGACAUUUGGUGAACAGCUGCUCUUGAUUACAAGAUGUAGAAGACACAGUUCCAUUCUCCCAGAUUGGAUCUAUUUUAUAUGGAUCUUCUAUUUCUAUGUCUUUUUUAAAAAAGAACUUUUGGGAAACAUUUUGGAUUACAACUGUUGAUCUCCAUCUAUGCAAAGAAAGGAAAACCGUUCUCCUGGAUUUUGAGGAGAUAGGCAUGAAGCCCUCGUCUCACAGCUGCAUGUGUAGUUGCUGGUGAAGCAAAUGCCUACUUAAUUUGACAGUCUGGGGUGUGUUUAAGUUUUUUUGCUUUUGCAAAUAAGCCUAUUAACGCAACUGAUGGAGCCUUCGGGCAGUGAACAGUUAUAUGAGGACCCUGAUCCUGGAGGCAGAUCCCAAGAUGCAGAGGCCAGAAAGCAAACAGAAUCAGAACAAAAGUUGUCUAAAAUGACCCACAAUGCUUUGGAGAACAUUAAUGUGAUUGGCCAAGGCUUGAAGCAUCUCUUCCAGCACCAGCGCAGGAGGUCGUCAGUGUCUCCACAUGAUGUGCAACAGAUUCAGGCAGAACCAGAACCUGAAGUGGAUCUGGAAAGCCAGAACGCGUGUGCCGAGAUUGAUGGUGUCUCCACCCACCCCACAGCUCUGAAUCGUGUUCUGCAGCAGAUACGAGUGCCACCCAAGAUGAAGAGAGGCACCAGCUUGCAUAGUAGGCGGGGCAAGCCGGACGCCCCCAAGGGAAGUCCUCAGAUCAACAGAAAAUCUGGCCAGGAGAUGGCAGCUGUUAUGCAGUCCGGACGCCCCAGGUCUUCAUCCACCACCGAUGCACCUACCAGCUCUGCCAUGAUGGAAAUAGCGUGUGCUGCCGCCGCUGCCGCCGCCGCCUGUCUGCCAGGGGAGGAGGGGACUGCGGAACGGAUCGAGCGCUUGGAAGUAAGUAACCUCGCCCAGACCUCCACUGCAGUGGCCUCCAGCACCGAUGGCAGCAUCCACACCGAUUCCGUGGAUGGCACCCCAGACCCUCAGCGCACGAAGGCUGCUAUUGCCCACCUGCAGCAGAAGAUCUUAAAGCUCACAGAACAGAUCAAGAUUGCACAGACAGCCCGGGACGACAACGUCGCUGAGUACCUGAAGCUCGCCAACAGCGCAGACAAGCAGCAGGCGGCCCGGAUCAAGCAGGUCUUCGAGAAGAAGAAUCAGAAGUCUGCCCAGACCAUCCAACAGCUCCAGAAGAAGCUUGAGCACUACCAUCGGAAGCUUCGGGAGGUGGAACAGAAUGGGAUCCCCCGGCAGCCAAAGGAUGUCUUCAGGGACAUGCAGCAGGGUCUGAAGGAUGUGGGGGCAAAGGUCACUGGCUUCAGUGAAGGGGUGGUGGACAGUGUUAAAGGUGGCCUCUCCAGCUUCUCCCAGGCAACCCAUUCCGCAGCGGGGGCUGUGGUCUCAAAGCCCAGAGAGAUCGCCUCACUUAUUCGGAAUAAAUUCGGCAGUGCAGACAACAUCCCUAAUCUUAAGGACUCUUUAGAGGAAGGGCAAGUGGAUGACGCAGGGAAGACUUUAGGAGUGAUUUCAAACUUUCAGUCGAGCCCAAAGUAUGGUAGUGAGGAAGAUUGUUCUAGUGCCACUUCGGGCUCAGUGGGAGCCAAUAGCACCACGGGAGGAAUUGCUGUAGGAGGGGCCUCCAGCUCCAAGACAAACACCCUGGACAUGCAGAGCUCAGGAUUUGACGCACUGCUCCACGAGAUCCAGGAGAUCCGGGAGACCCAAGCCGGACUCGAGGAGUCCUUCGAGACCCUCAAGGAGCAUUAUCAGAGGGACUACUCGUUAAUAAUGCAGGCCUUACAGGAGGAGCGGUAUAGAUGUGAACGAUUGGAAGAACAACUCAAUGACUUAACCGAGCUUCACCAGAAUGAAAUCUUGAACUUGAAGCAGGAAUUGGCCAGCAUGGAAGAAAAAAUUGCAUAUCAAUCCUAUGAACGAGCUCGGGACAUCCAGGAGGCCCUGGAGGCCUGCCAGACCCGCAUCUCGAAGAUGGAGCUGCAGCAGCAGCAGCAGCAGGUGGUCCAGCUGGAGGGGCUGGAGAACGCCACCGCCCGGAACCUGCUGGGCAAGCUCAUCAACAUCCUGCUGGCGGUCAUGGCAGUGCUCCUGGUCUUUGUCUCCACGGUCGCCAACUGCGUGGUUCCCCUCAUGAAAACCCGCAACAGGACGUUCAGCACUUUAUUCCUCGUGGUCUUCCUUGCCUUUCUCUGGAAGCACUGGGACGCGCUCUUCAGCUACGUGGAGCGCUUCUUCUCGUCCCCCAGAUGAUGGCGGGACGACCCCCGGGAGGCAGUGCUCCCCCGCCCGCCGGCGAGUGCAUGCAGCGACCACCUAGACAGCAACUGACCUACGCUGACGUUUUCUACGACAACAGGAGUUGAGUGAAUCUGUUUACAUUUAGAAUAAUGUUUUUUUCUUCAAGAAACGCAAUUGCAAUAGUAUUUUUUAGAUUUUAUCCAAGAUGUUUUUUGGGCAAAAAUCUUGGGUCAUUUUUAUGUAGCAUGAUUUUCCUUGGGAUGCAAAUCUGAAACAGUCCUCAAACAGGACCCGCCACCCUGGAGCACGCUGAAGGGCAUUCUAAAUUGUGGCUUGAAGGACUGCACUAAACCCCACUGAAAACACGCGACAACCCGAUUAGGGAAACCAGUUAACCCUAACACCCUGCUGUGUCCGGGCGCCCACGCGCCCGUCCCAGACUAACUUUACUGUGAAAUCCUGCCACAUUCCAGGUCUGAAUUUUGGAUUCAGGGUGGAUUUUCCUUGUCCGUGGAAGAACACGUGGAUCUCCCCGGCCCUCUCACCCAAGUUGGCCAUCCAUGCUAACCGUGGAGGUGUGACCACUUUUGCACCUGGUCCCUUACCCUCGGCUCGGAGGCAGAAGUGAGGGCACCAUGCCCCAAAGGGUCACUGCUCAGCCCCUCCUACAGUAUUCUGAAAGCCCUCGAAAUACCUAAUUUUAAGCAAAAUCCCUUGGCCGCACUUUCAAGGUUUUUUAAAAUAUGUGUUUAGUCACCAAUUUAAAAAACAAAAAAUCCGAACAGCAUACUUGAAGAAUGUAAUACUCAAACUCUCAGUGCUUCCUUAUGGUUUCUAAUAGGAUUUUUUAUUGUUGUUAUUAUUAUUACCGGGUUUUUUUGGAAAGGGUUGGGAGGGUCUUUUAUUUUUCCUUCGAAAUAAAGAAGUGAUGUUUUUAACUGAAGACAUGUGUGGAUAUUUAAGUGUGCUGCUCCCUCUUGUCUUGAGUCAGUGUGAGCGAAGGAAGGAAGCCGUGCUGUAAGCGCGCCCGCUGGCGCCUUCGUCUGGAGACGCCGCUUCCUCUCCCUCCCCGACUGCCGCCACCGCUGCUGCUCGUGCGCUGCCCGCCCCGUCCCCCACUGUCUGGGCUUGGCUUGGUUGGCGAGGACAGGGGUGUGCAGAACGUGGGCAGGCUGUUUCCAGAGACCAGCAUGGCAGGGUAGUGAUUGUUGUUUUUUCGCCCCUAGGAGAUGUUCACCCAGUGACUGUUCACCGGGUUUGACUUUAGGAUAAAAUGAGACUAUAUUAUAAGAGUCAUAAAUAAUUCCUUAUGUUUCCUUAAUUUAUUUCUUAACACCCCCUAAUAACUGAAACCAAAGUAAUGUGGAAUCUCCUGUCUGCAUUUUGGCCCCAGCAUCCUUAAUUUCAAAGCUUUAUUCUGUCCGCCCGAGAGAAGCCGCUGCAAGUGGUUCUCCCGAACGCACAGAAAAGGAAAAGUCAGGUUGGAAGGACCCGGGCCUGGGGUGGGAAAUGUUUUCAGCUUCCUGUUCCUUGGUACUGACUUAGUAACAUACCUGUGCUCCGUGGACCGUAGCGGGGUUAGGAAAACAGACUGAGCCACGUUCUCCAUCCUGAAAUCCGCUCCACCGUCCAGGGCCUUGCAGAGCUUAUCUCGGAAGCCUCGUGGGUCUGUCCGCAUGCAUGGCGCUGAGUCACGAGUGCUGUUCCCUCGGCCUCAGUUCCACGCCACCAAGUGACGAGCAGGAACAGCAGAGCGUGCUUUGCCUCUGACCCCAGACCAGGAAACCCUCCCGGAGCCCGAUCCGCAUCGCCUUGUCUGUCGGAGGACGGUUCACACGACAGCGCCGGCCGUCUCGGUCGGCGUGGCGCUUCCAUGAUCACGUUGAUCCUCUAACUCAGGGAGUCCGAUCUCCACUCCACCCCAGACGAUUGCAGUGCACCUGUCCGCUCGGUCGCCUCUCACAGCCAGCGCCCGGAGCAGGGACCCCGGGGGGGGUCGGUUCUUUUCCAAAAUAAUUGGAGCCGAUUCGUGUUCAGGCCCAAACCAAAUUGUUUCCCACGCCUGUGUGUCUAAAAAGGUGAGCUUUGCCUCAGAAUAUCGCAGUGGCUGUAGGCAGGAGUGCCAGAUGGACACCGUGACCUCAUCAGAUUACUCUCCCCCCACUCUCGUCUUCAGCCUGGUCACCUGGUCACUCAGAGCAGGGAGGAAAGCCCACACGUGACCAAGAAGGCACUAAGAUAGAACCCCUGGCACCCCCUCAACCGUGUGGGCGCGCUGGAAUUCACUGUGAUACGGAUCGAAAUUGUUCCCGUUUUCCUUGGAACGGUUUCUGUCAGAGGGAGAUUUUCACUUGUGCAAAGCGCCCCCCCCCCCUGAGCUCCCAGCCAAACAGGCCCACACUAAUAACUCUCCAUCCUCCUCUCUCCGACUGUGUGAUGAAGGACCCUCCGUCUAGCUCAGGCACACAAACGCCUUUCUAGCCCUGCUGUCCCCUGAUCACUCACCCGCCCCGACAGCCAUCUGCAUUCAGUGCUCUUGGUAGCCAUGCACCUGUCUCAUGCCUUCUGCCACGUUCUGCUGCCCAUCCUUGUUGCCUUUGAAUUACUUUGCAUUGUGGCUGUUCUUGAAUUCCCUUGUCUGGUCCACGCUUUUCCAUAACCUUGCUCUAAUGAUCUAACAAAUACUCUGCGGGUGGACACUCCCCUUGGAUGCUUCUUCCCGUAGGAGACUUGGAUGCAUUCCCCUUGAAAUGAAGCAUUCCUGGAUUACUUGUUAGCUCUGGUGCGCGAGGCUGGCUGUGGUCGACUGGGCAGCUCUGUUCAAGUAGGAGAAUGACUCAGACUUUCCCCUUUGGAUGAUACCGUUGAGAGCACUUCUUGUCUGCUCCAGUUUCGAGUCCUGGGUCUGUAUCCGGGGCAUCCUAACAAGGAAGGCUUUUUGUCCCACUGGCUCCCUGAAGACGCAGAAGUAGUCUCCAUUUUAUACUUCACUUGACUGGGGGGGGGGGCUUUUCUCUACCCCCGUGGCCCUUCCCCCCCCCAAUUAAAACAAAACAUCUGACAACAAGGAAAACCGUGGGGUCAAGCCUUCCUUGCUAGCCAUGGCCUACAAGUGAGCAUAUUUUGGUGCGGUCUUGACUGUAUUUGGUUUUGUUUCUGAUUUUUCUAUUCCUGGGAGGUACCGUCUAAUUACUGGAUUCCGAGUGUCUCGGCGAGGCGCUGCCUUUCACCUCUGGAAAUAUGCAUCCCAGACAAGGCCAAAUACAAGGCCCCCAUCUGAACCACGCAAAGUGACGGUUCCCACCCCCACCUGAAACUGGGGAUUUUUUUUGAAUGUGGCUCUAAGAGUUAACAUUUCUGUCUGUGUGUUGUGUAUGCUAGGUGAUACCCUUGGUAGGAUUGACUACUAGACUGUAAGUGUGUUAUCAAAGUGUGUAAGAGUACAGACUCACUUGCACGAAUUGAAAAGUUCCGAAAUGACACUUGUGGACGUGCGAACGUUAACACUGUAGUUGAUAGAUCUUAAGCUGCUAAUUGUUGAGAGAGAAUUACGUUUAUGUUUUGUCUGGUUGCUGCAGAUUCUCAGCAGCACUUUUACUGUAUAUACAAAUUGAAAUAAAGACCUCAGCUAUUAACGUGGUUGGA